GAUUGGGGUCGCCAACGUUUUGACAUCAAAAUAGGGUCACCUUCCCAAAAAGGUUGGGAACCUCUGCUCUUUGGGGACUGGGUGUUGAGAGCGCGUGAAUGAGAGCGUAAACGGAGCAGAUCUCUCGCCAUGUCUUUCUAUCUUUUGACGUCAACAACUGGACUUGCAUCCGCUCCUUGAGGUCCAGCCUCUCAAAUAGCAGUCAGCUCGUGCUGCUUCCAUCGGGCUGCUCUCGCGCUGCGGAUGGGCUGCCGUUGCCUGUCACUGAUCUGCGAUCAACGCUCGUGAUUGCACACGCGGGACGUGCUCACCAGAACACCACAACACUAAAGAGAGAAAGAUAUAUUUAAACAGCACGAGACGACGGACUGGAUCGAGGUCAUAACUGUCGGCGCUGAUAAACAACACGAGGAUGGGGAGAAUCGCGCCUCUUUUACUUUUCCUUGCGCUCGGACUACACGUCAUGGUCGCGGAGAAAGUAAAUAAGCACAAACCGUGGAUUGAGACAUCCUACCAUGGAGUGAUCGCAGAGAACUCCGAUGUCGUUGUGCUGGACCCUCCACUCGUUGCUCUGGACAAGGAUGCCCCUAUCCCCUUUGCAGGAGAGAUAUGUGGGUUCCGAAUACACGGCCUGGAUGUUCCGUUCGAGGCGGUGGUUCUGAACGAGACGACGGGGGAGGGACAGCUGCGGGCGCGGGAGCCAAUCGACUGUGAGCAUCAGAAGGAGUUCUCCUUCCUCAUCCAGGCCCACGACUGCGGAGCUGGACCAGGAGGUCCCAUCGGCAAGAAGUCUCACAAAGCGGUGGUUCACGUGCAGGUUGAUGAUGUUAACGAGUUCUCUCCGGUCUUCUCGCGGUCGGAGUACCGCGCUGACGUCACAGAGGGCCGUGUCUAUGACGUCAUCCUUCAGGUCCAGGCCUCAGACCAGGACUGUUCCCCUCAGUACAACCAGAUCUGUAACUACCACAUCAUCACCAAAGACACCCCCUUUGCCAUAGACCGCAAUGGGAAUAUCCGUAACACGGCGCGCCUGCGCUUUGAGGAGCAGACCGAGUACGAGCUGCAGGUGACGGCCUUCGACUGUGGCCAGAGGGAGGCGUCUCAGAGCGCAACCGUCCACAUCAGCGUCAAGCCUGUCUGCAAGCCUGGAUGGCAGGGUUGGAAUAGGCGCGUUGAGUAUGAGCCCAGCAUUGGCAGCAAGCCGCUCUUUCCCAGCAUGCACCUGGAGACUUGUGGCUGGGCCCUGUCCUCCAUGCGCCUCAUGGUGGAACUGCAGACGACACACAUUGGCAAGGGCUGUGACCACCAGACCUCCUCCGAGAAAGCCCUCCAGAGACUUUGUGGGGCAUCCUCAGGCAGCACAGACUUGCUCCCCGCCCCAACUCGGUCCACCAAUUGGACAUCAGCAUUGGUGACAGAGGGGGGUCGCGACGGUGACCUCAUCUUCCACUUUGAUGGGAGGCAGGCAGCAAAGGUCCCUGAUUGGGUGGCACCGGGCAACCUGACGGACCAGUUCACCAUCGCCACCUGGAUGAAACAUGGGCCCAGCCCUGGCCAGCGUGCUGACAAGGAGACACUGCUGUGCAGCUCAGACAAAACAGAGAUGAACAGACAUCAUUACUCUCUGUAUGUGCAUAACUGUCGUCUGGUGUUUCUGCUGCGGAGAGCAGACAGCCUCACAGACUCCUUCAGACCAGCAGAGUUUCACUGGAAGCUGGAACAGAUCUGUGAUAAAGAGUGGCAUUAUUAUGUCAUUAAUGUGGAGUUCCCCAUGGUGACGCUCUAUGUGGACGGUGUGACCUAUGACCCAUACCUGGUGACAGACGAUUGGCCCAUUCACUCGUCUCACAUAGACGUUCAACUGACUGUAGGAGCCUGCUGGCAAGGUGGAGAAAUCAGUAAGAGGAAGUUUACGCAGUACUUCCGGGGCAGCCUAUCUGGCCUGACCCUCCAUCCAGGAAGAUUGAGACACACAAGGUCAUUUCCUGCCUCCAGGCCUGCAAGAGGGACUAGACAUCAGCUCUCUCAAAGCCUGGGCAAGGCCAUUAAGACCUUGCUGCUUUUGCAUAUCGAUCUGACAAGAAGCAUUUAUGUGUUUGUGUGUGUGUGUGUGUGUGUGUUAUGUCUCCCCAGAUGUUUUAGUGAAGAUGAGUGCAUCUCUAUUCCGGAUGUUGAGGUGGUUGUCAUGGUGAUGCAACCCAGUGAGCCCCGCAUCAGCAUCACAGGGGCGGAGCAUGUGACUAGCCCCGCCUCAGACAUGAAGGCUGGGCUGAGGCUGUUCCCUGACCUGCACGUUACCAGUACUGUAACCGCCGACAACAGGCCUAGCAACAGCGCUGCUUAUGGUCACAGGACUGGUGUUUUGGAGGAGAGUCUUCAUAAUCUGGACUACUGUGAUAUUCUGGUACUGGGGGAGGAGUUUAAGGCAGGGCAAGAGAGUCUUCACCUGCAGAAGAGUUUCCUAUUGGGCACACACCUGGAUUAUACUAACUCUACCACGGGGAUGUCCAUAUAUGGUGUGGACUCCAUGGUUAACUAUGCAGAGGUGAUGAGACAGGUGCGCUAUCAGAACCUGCAGCCAGAGAUCUCCGUGCGAAACUUCCGCCUCUCUUGCUCCGAACUCAAUGGCCAGUACACCUCCAACCAGUUCAACCUAGAGGUCAAUGUCCUGCACAGCUCAGCGGCCACUGAACAUGUCAAUCACAUGAUGGCUCCACACAAAUUUAGACCGGUGGUCCACCAUCCUCUUAUGCUCCGUGCUGUUGAAAGUCCAGGUGUGCCGAGUCUAGCAGGUGUCGUGUUGGUGGUGUGUGUGGUGGUGCUGGCGGUGGUGGUGGUGGUGGGGGCCUACAGGAUCCAUGUCACACUCCGUCAGGACCAAAACAGCACACACACACUCACACACAUGGGCCAGCUCUGGGACGAGUCCGCUCUCACCAUCACAGUUAACCCCAUGGAGAGUUUUGAAGAUGCUCUGGCUGCUGUAGGAGAAGUCACUGAAGAUGAGGAGGAAGAUGACGAAGAAGAGGACGACGAUGACGACGACGACGAUGAUGAAGAUGAUGACAUCACGAGUGCAGAGUCUGGCAGCGAAGGGGAAGAUGAGGAUUUACCCAACAUGCAACAGGAGAGCAGAAGGAGGGCCCAGCAAGACUGGGACAACAUGUCACCUUUCUGAACACACACACACACACACACACACACACAAACACACACACACACACACACACACACACAAACACAGAGACAUGUCAAUGCUCACAGAACACAACAC